AGUGGGGCAAUUCUGUUGGAUCGGAAGCAGCUGCUGGGGGAGGCAAAGCAGUAGCAUUAGGCGUGGCGUGUGCAGCAACCAUCUUGCUCUCUCUCCCACACCCCCCCUUCCCCCACACCACCGCCCCACAGAGCGAGACCAUUCUGCUGGAUCUGAAGCAUCUGCUGCGCGAGGCCAAGCAGCGCAUCCCGCCGGUGCUGGCCUCUCUGGACGACCCCAUGGAGGACGCCGAGGCGCUGGCUGCCGCCUCCGGCGUGCGCGGGUGUGCCUUCUGUGGCGGGCUGGGCCACCGCAUCAGCGAGUGCCCCAAGCUGGAGCACCAGAAGACCCAGGCCAUCUCCGGCUCGCACAAGGACUACCUGGGCUCUGGCGGAUAUGGUGGCGAGAUGUAA